AAAAACACGUGCUAAAUGAGGGAUGGCCCAUAGGCCCAUUAAACUGGUUAUAUGAAGAAGACUGUAGCGACGACUCUCGCCGUGAUAAUUUCCAAGGUAACAACAACAUUCAUCAUCACCAUGAAGCUCUCUUUCUCUCUCCCUCCCAAAUCCAAAUCCAGAGUCAGGCUGAAUUCCGACAGGAAAGACGGCGUCGGUGCAGGAAAUCUCAAGGAGUUCGUCACUGAAUUCGAUCCUUCCGAAACCCUAACCUACUCCAAACCGAAAUACGUUAUACCUCCCAUUGAGGAUCGUCGGAGGCCCUACAAGAAGAACAUCGAUCUCCCGCUUCCAUCCGCUUCUGGUCUCCAAUUCGAGGCUGAGAUCACUUCUGGCGAUGGGCAUGUCUCUGAUAACAUUACGUACGGUCUGAAUCUGCGUCAGAAAGUCGAUGACGAGAAGCCAGAGCCUGUGGAGAAGUUGUUACUGAAAAGCAUGAGGAAAGAUUUGGAGUCACUCCCUGAUGCUCCGGAAUUAGAGGAUUUCGAGAGCUUUCCUGUGGAUGGCUUUGGAGAGGCGUUACUUGCUGGGUAUGGGUGGAAACCAGGCCAGGGGAUUGGUCUAAAAGCUAAAGAAGAUGUUAAGAUUGUUGAGUACAAGAAGUGGUCUGGUAAUGAAGGAUUUGGCUUCAAUAUGGAUAAAGCGAAAGAAAGUGGUAAAGAGGUGAGAACUGUCGCUGGUAGAGAUAUAGCCUUGAAGGGGAAGAUUAUAGAUGAUAAACUUGGUUCUGGAAUCCAUGAGGAAGUGAAAGUGGGUUUCAACAAGAUAGAUAAUGUUGAGAAAGAUAGAGUAGUGAGUAAACGUAGUAGAGAUACAGAGGGAGAGAGUCGCACUGAAGUUAGAGCCUGUAAGCAGAACUAUAGAGGUCAAACUAGAGAGAAGGUCUCAUGGCUUAGGAGUCAUAUAAGGGUGAGAAUAAUAAGCAAGGAUGUGAGAGGUGGGAGAUUGUAUCUUAAAAAGGCAGAGGUGACUGAUGUGGUUGGUCCAACAAGUUGUGAUGUUGCUAUGGAUGAGACGCAGGAGUUGGUUCAAGGGAUUGAUCAAGAGUUGCUUGAGACUGCAUUGCCCAGGAGAGGAGGGUCUGUGUUGGUUCUGUCUGGUAGACAUAAGGGUGUGUAUGGGAAACUGGUUGAGAAAGAUUUGGAUAAGGAAACUGGUGUGGUUUGCGAUGCAGAUAGCCAGCAGAUGCUUCAUGUUAAACUUGACCAAGUUGCCGAGUACAUUGGUGAUCCUGCUGAUAUUGGGUACUGACCCAUAUUUAACUGCAAAUCAGUGCUUGGAAAUUCAGAUGGGAGAGAGAGCUAUGGAGAUAAGUUGUUAUUUCACAUGUGUAAUGUGUAUACUCGUGAUUUUAGUGAUGAAAGCAGCAAGCGGGAGAUGCAGAGGUAUUAGCUGAGCGAGCUACAUUGCCCCUUAAUGAAUGGUACAACAACCUUUAUUAUGUACAAAGGAUUUGGAACUCUGGAUGGCUGCUUAUGUUUUGGGGAUGAAUCAGGAUAUAAGUUAAGAGAUAAGUGACUAGAGGGAACACAUUAGUUCCUAACCGAUGUCCAUUGUACUCAAAAUUGACUAGGACGUUGAUUUAAAAGUAUAAAUGGGCUAUAGGCAAUCCACAAUGGAGAUUACUUUGAUGCA